CCCAGUAUUCGUAAUUACUCUGUAUCAACUGACCUCACCCGACCUCAUGAGUUUCGCCUGCUGUCAUUUCCAGUCAAUUGUCCCCAAAAUCAGGUGCCUCUUAGAUCUGGGCUGCUAAGCCAACAGAGAUAGAUAUUCCCUCCAUCCCAACACUAAAUACGACAUCCUGAAACUUCGCUUCGUCCCUGGACCUACAGCAUUCAAUCGCGCUCGCGAGAUUGCAUGCCGCAAUGGGGUCGAAUUCAAAUGCACGACGAUUCUCUUGACACUCCUAACCCCUGAAUGGUCUUCAUAUCCAUCCCUUGCAACGAUGCACCUCAGUCCGCAAAAUCGUCUUCUGCUCCUCCGCGUCUUCCGUCUCUUGUUGGCAAUAUGGCUGUUGGGCAUCGUCUCGUUCUCCUCCGCCGCUCUCCAGGAGCCUUUGGUUACUAGUGCCAGUCCACAGCCAGUCUCUGUCGCAGUCUUCUCUUCUCUAGAACGCCUGUCCCGUCUCGUGGACAUCACCUACUGUGUCGGGAACACCGGCAUGUGGAAGCCCUUCAAGUGUGCAUCCCGCUGCAAUGAAUUCCCGACUCUCACUCUUGAAACGACAUGGCAAACGGGCAUCCUCAUGAGCGACAGCUGCGGGUUUAUUGCCGUUGACCACGGCAUACCCCGACCCGACGCCGGAGAAGGGAAUCACGAUCCUUUGGCGGAGAAGGCUAUCAUAGUCGCCUUCCGUGGCACCUAUAGCAUUGCGAACACGAUUAUCGACCUCAGCACGAUGCCGCAGCAAUAUGUGCCCUACCCGUCUCCAGAUGAUGGCGGGGGUAAGCCACCGCGCAAGCCCUCUCAUCGGUGCGAUAAUUGCACUGUCCACAGCGGCUUCCUAGCAUCGUGGCGGCAGGCACGGGACGUCGUUCUUCCGGAGAUGAAGGCCCUGCGUCAGAAAUAUCCGGGGUACCCCAUCCGGCUCGUUGGACAUAGCCUCGGCGGCGCGGUCGCCAUGCUCGCAGCUCUCGAAAUGCGAGUAUCGCUCGGGUGGUGGGACACGGUCGUGACCACGUUUGGCGAGCCCAGAGUCGGAAACCAGGAGCUAUGCGACUACCUCGACGCCGUCUUUGAGCUGAGUGCCGCGGAUGAAAUAAACGCGGCCGAGAGAGAGUACCGCCGUGUCACGCACGCGGAUGAUCCCGUGCCAUUGCUGCCGCCCGCCGAGUGGGGAUACUCAUCCCACGGAGGGGAAUUCUUCAUCAGCAAGAAAGACUUGCCGCCUUCAGUUGAAGAUGUGCUCGUCUGCCGUGGUGACUAUGAUGAGAACUGCAUCGCGCGGGAUGAAGGUCGGGUCGUAUCUGUCGCGGCAGACGACUCCACCGACGUCUUGCGCACCGGCGAAGGCCAGGACGCCGUGGCCGCAGAGCGCUUUAAUUGGAUCCCGGCUCGCUUCAGAUUAUGGCAAUUGUUUUUCGCCCAUCGCGACUAUUUUUGGCGGCUCGGGUUAUGCGUACCUGGGGGCGAUCCAGCCAACUGGGGACGAGAAAAGGCCGAAGGCGGUGGCGGUGGCGGUGGUGAGGAAGCACACUCAGCUGAGCUAUGAUUAAAUUGCAACGAUUCAACGGAUUUUUGCGAAAUAACUGGACGAGACUGUGGCUACAUGCCGUACCGAACUGAGGACGAUAGGCGCGCGUUUUGGAUUGUAUGAUGAGAUGAUAAUACGUGUAGAAUCGGUAGCACAGCAGUUGCGGUGGUUCCUUCGAUCAGACGCUUCUAUCUGCGUUUCGUACUUCGUACCUAUCCGUACUCCGUGGUACGGAGUACCUUGCUUAUUACCUAUCUCGUGGGUGCCGUAUAUAUCGCACUUAAAACACGUGAGCCUGUUUUCUGUGUUUCUAUUAGCUGGACUAGCCCUAUAUUCCUCGCGUGGAAAAGGGGUAGAUAUAUUUAGAACACCCACACCU